AUGUUUGUACAAUCUUCCGAUCUAUUAGAAUCUCAAGAUAUCUCAGAUUCAAGCUUAUCUAUAGUAGAUACUUCUCAUCCGAGAAAAAAGAGAUGUCGUUCUAUUAAAAAAAUAGCUUUGCGCACUUAUAAUUAUAUUACACAUAAGAGUACUACUAACCUGCGCAAUCAUUUAAAAGAGCAUGAAAUUUAUCAGCAUAACUAUAAAAAUUUUCUUAAUGAAAAUAAUGAAAUUCAAAAUCCACCUACUUGUCAAACUAUGAAUACUGAAAUUACUUCAAUCGAUGAUUCUAAACAAAGAAGAAUUACCUGUCGUUUAAUUAUUUUUAUCAUCUGUGAUGUUCAACCCUUAUGCAUUUUAAAAUGUAUACUAUUUAAGGAGUUAAUUGCGAUAUAUCCAACUAUCAAUUUAAUAUAUCCUUAUAUGCGUUUAUUAAAACAAAAUUUUGCCCCAACUGGCAAUAAUACAAUAGAUGACUAUAUAGAUUCAGUAUAUGGACCAGCUUUAUCUGAGAAUAUAGAUAAAACUGAUGAAACUGAUAAAGCUGAUAGUAGUACUGAUAAUUUAAGUGGACUUCUAGACAAAGUUAAAGCUACAAUUUAUCUUUCCCUUGAUGAGUUAUGGGAUAUUCCAGAAGAAACAGCUCUUUUGGCACCGAUUUUAGAUCCUCGUCUUAAAGGCCUUCGAUUUGUUGAUCAAACUGAACGUAUCAAUAUUCAAGAAAAGCUUAAAACCAAAUAUCAAAAACUAAAAGAUAAUCAAGAUAAUAUUUUAUCAACAACACAAGAUAUAAAUGAUGAUGCAAAUGUUGUUACUAUGUUUGAUAAUAUGUGGGCUCCAACUCAAGAAAUAAUUCAGGCUGAAGAAAAUGAAGUUUCUCACUAUAUAUAUCUUCCAGAAGCAAAACCAACCGAUGAUCCACUA